GAAAGUCUUACUCGUCGGCGGGCCUGAUCUGAUAGAAUACAAAAGCUGGACCUGCAGCGAGACAUUUUUCGAGUUUCACAGCUGCGGAGGAAAGCCAACGAAUAUGUACCAACCGGCGUUCGAGAGUUUCAGCCAGAGGCCAAAGACGGCCACACGCAGGAAUCAAAAUGCUUUGUACACACUGAUUCGCGACCAACUAUCUGUGCCAACAUGGCUGGUUCUCGGUGGUCUGCUUCAAGGCACGGCCAUGGCCGUUCUGCCUUACCGUAACCUCACCAUGGUCCUGCCAGCAGUCCUUUUCGUCGCAAACAAGUUGCUGCGCGCUGUCCUGAUGACAAUUGGAGUUCUGCCAAAUCCACUCAUGUCCAACGUGAUUCCAUAUCGCGUGGCUCCAAUCAUUCCUUCAGAAAAAGGCCAACAAGACAAGCCGGCCGAGGAGCAAGUGUGCGCCAUCAUUCUCGGAGUGGUUUCUCAUCAUCCUUUCGGCAUGUUUGGUCCAGGUUUCAAGGAAGUUGGCGAUCGUUUUGACGAUAUGGUCGACGAGAUGAGCCAAGAUGCCACAAGGCACGGUUUUCUAGGUGCGUCGGCGUGGGUCAAUGCCGCUGAGAGAACUUCCGGUAGGUGGAUUGCGAAGUCAGAUUUCACUUUUGAGAGCGUCUCCGCUGACGAACGCUUGCAAUGUGCAGGCAACGAGUUCAUGAGCAUCUUGUAUUUCGAGAACGAACACUACCUGCACCAGUAUGCACACGGCCCGUUGCAUACGAAAGCUAUGCAGUGGUGGAGAGAGGUGGAAGUCAAGAUCCCGUAUGUUGGUAUCAUGCAUGAAGUAUUCGCGUGUCCAAAGAGGUCAUGGGAAGGCAUCUACCUGAACUACCAGCCAACCGGUGAGUGCAGCCUGCGGAAACAUCUCUGUGGAAGCUGACGUCUCUGGAUUCAGGUAUUGGUUCCACGUCCAAGGAAGUUACUGGACCAGACGGGAAGAAGGCCUGGAUGAAUCCACUUGUCAAGAUGAAGGGACCAUUGAUGUACAGCAAGGGCCGUAUGGGUAGGCAAUUCGGUGAUCACGAGUGGGAUGCUUUCGCUGCAACUGCACCGCCUGGAAUGGAGUCGGCGUAGCGGGAGAGAUCUUCCCUGAGCAGCUGUCCAUCCUGUAGACGAUUCUGUCUUCGAAUUGAAGUCAGUAUGGCAAGUGCUAGACCUUCACCAUUUACUCACUUUGCUGGUUGCAGAGCUUCUCUGCGCUUAGAGUGGUUGAAAAGCAGUAUGCAGUCCGAAGUCGGUUUUGUGUGUAAACUCCAUAGUUCUUGACACGUAUCAUGAGCC